AUGGGAACAUAUGAUCUUGAAAAAGAGAUACGUUGCAUCUUACAAGACUCAUCCAAGAUACGAGAUUAUAAUGCUAAGUUGCGGAACGAAUACAUGAAGAUCAAUGAUGAGGCCAAACGGUUGAAGGUUGAAAAUUUUAAACUUUUUUCCCAAUAUGCUUGCAUGGAGACAUCUCUCGCCAAAUAUAAAGCUGAAUAUUAUGCAAAAUCAGAGGAGGUGAAAUCGCUUCAAUCUAUGAUUAAUUCAUUCCUCCCAGGAUACUUUGAUAAGAAUAAUCAGCCGGAUGGUCCCGAGAGAACCAAUUCAUAUGCAAAAAGUGGUGGCGAAAAAAAUAAUGAGCCAGAGAGCUCUAGCGCUUCUUCAGAACAAAUCAUACCUGUUACUAUUUGCAAAGAAAAGAUUUCAUUAGGUGGCUCGGGGAACUCUAUUGAUAUAGACAAAUUACUAUCAUCGGUAGCAUCAUGCCAAAAGAAAAAGUCAGAUAUCCUGCCUACAAAAAAUAUAUAA